AUGGCCAAGGACUCGGUCCGCCAUCUCGCCGCCGUUCUCGCCGCGGCCGCCUUGGUCGCGGUGGCCCGGGGCGGUAAUAGUAAUAAUAACAAUAAUAAUAAUCCCCUGACAACGGACUCGGACUGCCAAUGCUACAAAACCAACGGGACGGCAGCCAGCUACUUCUCACACCACCGGUUCUUCGACUUUGGCUCGCUCCACCGGUACGUCAAUGUCACGAAACCGAUUGACGACUUUCGGGCCAACGCCGAGGCGCCGCCCACGAGCUCCUACUUCCUGCGCCCCGAGUUCGCCGACACGUGGGACAUUCAGAGGUGGGACAACACGGAGCUCAUGGCGCUGAACGACGAGACGAUCAACGACGCGACCAUCAAGAUGGUCAACAGCCCCAACAACAUCUACAUCGAGCACGACGACGACGACGACGACGACGACGACGGGCAGGCGACGCACCUGACGCUGCGGACGGUCCGGCACGCGGCCGGGUUCCAGUCUGCGGCCGAGAUCGAGUCGCUCAGCAAGGGGUUCCGCUACCUCUCGGUGCGGAUGCGGGCGCGCACGAGGGGGGCCCGCGGGGCGGUGACGGCCAUGUUCACGUACCGGGACCCGCCGCCGGGGCAGGGGCAGGGGCCCGACGACGACUACGUGGCGCAGACGCAGGAGGCGGACCUGGAGAUCCUGACGCGGGAGGACGAGCCGCCGACGCGGGUGCAGUACACGAACCAGCCGUCGUGGGACGAGGCCGGCGACAUCCCCGAGGCGACGCGCAACGUGACGCUCCCGCGCGGCCGCCGGUGGACCGACUGGGUCGACUACCGGAUGGACUGGACGCCCGGGAGCAGCACGUGGUACGUCGACGGGCAGCCGGCCGCCCGCAUCACCUUCCAGGCGCCGCGCGACCCGCUGCAGGUCAUCUUCAACGCCUGGAGCGACGGCGGCACCUGGUCCGGGCGCAUGCCCGUCGGCGCCGAGGCUUUCCUGCAGAUCAAGUGGAUCGAGAUUGUCUACAACACCACGGACAAGCACCCCGGCAGCAGCGGUGGCGGCGGCAAGGCCAAGGAGGAGGAGGAUGCGGAGCCGGAGGCGGGAUGCCGCAAGGUGUGCAGCAUCGACGAGACAAGCAGGAUCGGCACGCCGGUGCUGUUGUCGGCGGGCACCAGCGCCGUUGCAGUCUCGGCGUUGCCCUGGCUGUCCGCGUUGUUGACAGUCUGUGCCUGCUUCAUGCUGUGCUGA